AUGUUGUUCCAUCAAUGUCUGCACCUGUGGCUCGCAUUCACACACACACACACACACACACACACACACACACACAAAGACGUUAAUUGCAGGAUCACAAUGUGGUCAUGCCAGGCCACUCCCUGGAUGGUUGUUCUGUUAAAUUCCAGGAAGCGUUGUGUUUGCAGAAGACAGCUAGCGUGUCAGACGAGAGGCACGUAUACCUCGCUUGUUGUUCUAAGAUCUGCGAUUGUGGUUCUCAGAUCUGCGAUUAUAGUCCUCAGAUUAGCAGUUGAGUUUCCAUGUGUCAUGUGGAUCUGCCUGCUCAUCUUGUUGCUGCCGGCCUGCAGCUGUCAGGUGUCCAACUUCUUGGGCACAGUGAUGACCUUCUACCCUAGCAGAACCUCGAAUGACACGGUGGUCCUCCGCUACAAGCUGGCCUUCGAUGUGUGCAACAACAUCAGUGUUCUCGAAUGUCCUUUUGCCAACUGCUUGCUGACGGUGCUGUCAGUAGCCAGGGUGGACGAAGAGAAUGGAGAAUGGUGUCUGAAUGAGGUGGUCGUGCUGGUGAACACCUCCUCCAAAAAGUUUGAGCUGUCGCUGACCGGAGGCCAUUGGAUCAGCGUCAACAAAGGCGUCACAGACGUGCUGGCCGUGACCCGUGUUGACCUGAGACAUAGGUCGGACAUUGCCCGGGCCAAUGCUUCCCCUGUGACCACCAUGCUGCCCGUUCUCAGAGUCCCCUCCAACUGCCCGAGGAACCUGACGUUGUUGACUUUUGACCCUGACGGAGACAAAGUGAGGUGCAGAGAUGAAAACACCACGUCCGUUCUCAGCCUCUCGUCAUCUUGUCUCUUGACCUUCAGUCCCAGCAACAGCGACAACAGCAGCAAAGUGGAGGGCGCGUACGCUGUCCAGCUGCUGAUGGAGGACUUUCCUCGCCAAAACAUCACCGUGACUGAUGGCGAGGAAGUUGAAAUUCUCACGAACCAGGACGCCAUCAGUCAAAUUCCCAUCCAGUUUGUGCUGAAGGUGGAUCCUCCAGUGCCGUCCUGCGAUGAUGGAGAGUUUCUGCCCACCUUCCUGUCACCUACAAUUGCCAACGGACAUUAUCUCUACGCCACAGUCAACAGUACCCUGAAUAUUCCAAUCUUUGCACAGUCGUCAAUGUCCAAUGUUUCUGAGCUUCUGUUCAGUGGGCCAUCCAAUAUGACCAAGAAGACAAUGGCCAACGGAAGCUUCAUGCUGUCCUGGAGGCCGUCAGACAGCGACGUGGGCCAAAGUCAUCCCGUGUGCUUCGUUAUUCAAGCCAUUGGCACUUCAGAGGCGUAUGUAUUUCUGGUGAUGACUGAGUCAAGUGUAGUUGACUUCAUGUGUGCAUGCUUACACGCUGAUGUUGUCUUCCUCAGUAAACUCCACUCAGAAAUACGCUGUGUCUUUGUGGUCGUUGAUCAUGUUGUGGCUGUGCUGAAAGCCGGGCUCGUCACUUUGUCCCCGCUGUCCAAGGAAUACCUCCGGGAGGUCUUCUUACCGCAGGUCCACCAUCUUAGAAUGUCCUCCACACAUCAGGUAAGACAUCAUUUGAGACACAAUUUGACCGGCACUUUUGUCUGGCUGCAGCUGAAGAUGGAGCUGGUCGAGCGAGGACUGCCCUUUGACAUUACGCUGAGAGCGGUCAACUUCAAGUAGGAGACCACAGCAACCCCCAAUCUUUCGUCGCCCUUCACCCAUCAUCUUCCUGCCUCACAAUAACACGGGUUGUUACAAUAAAAAUAAAAAAAAAAACAUCCUUUCCUCUCUGCUAAUGAGUCUCCCAUAAUUGACUUUUCAGGUUUCUGAAUAACUAGAAAGGCCGAAUGAUUUGAACCACUGCUGGACUCAAAAGAUUAACCAGCCAUUACUGUGAGAUCUUCAUGUUUGACAUUUUGCAUAAUGUUGUGGAAAUGGGUCCAAAUUAAAGUCAAAGUGUUGAAAUGCUCAGCAAUGAGCAGGAAGUUGUUGGCAGCCAAGUCAGUGUUAAAAAGAUGACCCGACAGUGUAAAGUUUCAAGACACAAUACAACCUUAGUCCACUUUGUUCAUAACAAACUGCAUUAGGCAUUGUCAGUGUUCCCUAUUGGUGUUAGGGUCUUCUUCACGUCUCUUCCCGUGGUCCCCUCAUCACGCCUCCUCCUCGACUACCUUCUCCUCCUCAAGCAUGUCCUCCUCCUUGACUUCCUCCCAGGUGUCUGGUCAACACUGCCAUCAAGCUGGACUCCUGUUCUUCCUCCUGUUGGUGUCAGUUCACUAACAGGUGAUGAGGAUGUGCAGC